AUGGCUAACGUCGCUCUCCUCGGAAGCACCGGGAUGGUGGGAACCCACAUCCUAAACAGUUUGCUCGCCAAUACGUCCGUCGCCCGUAUCGACACCAUCUCCCGCCGUACUCCUCAAGCCGCCAGUUCCGCGCCGCAGACUAAGCUCACUACUUUCGUCGCGGAUGAUACUUCGAAAUGGGCACCGCAGUUCUCUGCGCUAUCCCCGGUGCCUAGUAUGUUUAUUUCUUCGUUCGCGACGACGAAGGCUGCGGCUGGGGGAUUUGAGAAUCAGCACAAGAUUGAGCAUGGGUUGAACGUUGAGAUGGCGCGUGCCGCGCGUGAUGCUGGUACGAAGGUGUAUGUCCUGGUUUCGUCGACCGGUGCCAAUAAGACCUCUUCGAUCCCGUACACGCGUAUGAAGGGUGAGAUUGAGGAAGAUGUCAAAGCGUUGGGAUUCGAGAGGACGGUUAUCCUGCGCCCGGGUCUUAUUGCUGGCCAGCGGGAUGAGAGUAGGCCGAUGGAGGCAGUGAUUCGUUUCGUUGCUGGUACUGCCGGGAAGCUUUACUCGGGCUUGAAGGACCCCUGGGCUCAGGAGGCGGAUGUCAUCGGUGAGGCUGCUGUGAAUGCUGGUCUGAAGGCAUUGGAAGGUGAUGUCCCGGCUGGUAGUGAGAAGGUGUGGGUUCUCUAUGGUAGUGACAUUAUCAAGUAUGGCAAGAAGCAGUAA